GAAAGUUGCCGGGGUGGGCUCAGAGGAACCAAAAACUGGGUUUUAUUACAAUGGCAAGUACACGCUGUGCUCAGCGACAACUCACACUGUCUACAACAUCUCGAAAGCAAUCGUCCUAUUCAAUCCACUCGCCGUGACUCUGAUCAAACUCACCAACUCUCGAUAUCCAUUCUUCAUCCAGACUGCUUCUACACCCAACAUCCUGAGACAUUGUAGCCAGCACCUCGUCCAACAUGUCUAGCCUAUUGACCACCGUCGCCCUCUUUACCGUAGUCCUCUCCGCCUUCGUCGGAUACCUCUACCUUUUCGGUCUUCCCUCCACCACCAAGCGCAAGAUCAACGAUGCCGCCCUCAACGCCAUGGGCGAGAACAACAAAUCCACGAACAUGGUCAAGGACGCUCUGAACCGCAUUCCGGACUCCGACAGCGCCGACAAGGAUGUCCAUGACAAGAACGUCAGGGAGGGAGGCGUGAGCGACAUCACCAUGGCGGGGGUCCAGAAGCAGAAUCCCCUCGGCGAAGCUGUACGUCUGGCUGACGCGACCAAGAAAUUGGCGUGGCAGUUUUCGAGGCCGGGGAGAAGGCUUAGGCUGACUGGUAUUUCGCAGGUCGGCGAGAAGACGGACGAGGUCCAUCGUCCGGUCGCUGGGCGCUAGGCUGCGAUGAUGGAGAAGCGGAUUUCGGCUGUUCUACGGAUCUGGACUGCGGUGACAAGCCUUGGGAACGUUCUCGUCGAGGGGACAUGUUCGAAUGGUAAAUUUGACAACGUCAGAUGUGCACCAAUUUUCGAUGCACGGUGGGAUGAUGGUCAUAUUUCACAACCUCGGGGUUCAUUUUCGAUGACCUGGGAUUGAAUGCCAAAGCUUUCCUGCCUUGCGUUUCCUAACCUAUUCUUCCAACUUUGAGUGCAAUCCGUUGUCAAUUUCAAUACUAAUCGUCACCAUAGCCGCAGAAGAGCUUUCUCUGAUUCUUGAUCAGAGUUGCUUGGCAAUUGGGCAACCGCAUUCAAUGUCUUUUGUCACCUUCACGACAGUCUCACACCACAUCAUUUGCGUGGCGAAAGAGCUCCUGUAAGCUGUACACGCCCGAGUUGAUCACAUCAUCGGUGACUGCCUUCAGGAAGAGACCA